AUGGCGACUUCUGCUCUAACACCACAUGUUAAUUCAUUCCCCCAGAUCACAACAAAGGUCAAUAAGCGGUCAAACGAGUUCGCAGAGAACGUUAAGCUGUGGAAGCCGAUCCUGGAGAAAUACCAAAAUGCCCUCAAGUUGAGUGCAUCCGAGGGUAGCGAGCAAAGCAUUUUGAAGCACACCAGACGAGGACAGUUGCGAGCUCGUGAACGGGUGGCUCUUCUCCUAGACGAGGACUCCCCUUUUCUGGAGCUCCAGCCAUUCGCAGGUUAUGAGAAUCCAAGCUCCUCCCCAGCUGCAAGCCUAGUAACGGGUAUUGGUCUGAUCCAUAACGUUCCGACAAUGAUAAUAGCCCAUAUUCCUUCUUUAAAAGGCGGCGCAUGGAACUAUUUCACUGUGCAAAAACAAAAUCGCGCGACAAACAUUGCCACUAAAAACGGCCUUCCCAUUGUCGCACUCGUCCACUCGGCCGGUAUCUAUCUGCCACUUCAGUUUCAUGUCUUUCCGUAUGGAGGAAAGCUGUUUCGAGAUCUCUCAGUCCGCACCAGAAAGGGUCAUCAGUCUUGCGCUGUCGUCUUUGGAGGCUCGACCGCUGGGGGAGCCUAUCAUCCCGCACUUUCGGAUUACACGAUAUUCGUGAAAGGUCAAGCUAAUGUCUUCCUCGGCGGCCCACCGUUGGUCAAAAUGGCUACAGGCGAGAUCGUAGAGGCCGAGGAUCUUGGGGGCGCAGAAAUGCAUGCCACUGUGACAGGUUUAGCUGAUCAGCUGGCUGUCGAUGAAUUCGAUGCAAUUCGCAAAGCAAGACAAUGGAUCCUGACAACAACAGCAGCAAGACUCGUAGGACGAUAUAGUCAACCUGAUGUACCCCCACAGCCACCACUCUAUGAUCCGGAAGAAUUGUAUGGAGUCAUGAACCCCGAUAUCCGUCAGCCGCUGGACAUGAUGGAGGUCAUUCUACGGAUUGUCGACGAUGGGAGGCUGGAUUCUUUCAAACCUUUAUGGGGCAAAGCAAUGAUAACGACCUGGGCUUAUAUUCAUGGCCAUCUCACUGGACUUAUCGCCAACCAUCUGCCGAUAAUCAGCCCAGACGAGUCGGACAAGUCUACGCAAUUCGUUCAUGUCUGCAACCAAAUGAGGGUUCCGAUUGUCUUCCUCCACAACGUGACGGGGUUUAUGGUCGGCUUGAAAGCUGAACGAGCUGGAUUGAUAAAGAAAGGUGCUAAAUUUGUCAGCGCCAUCAGUACCAGCCUCGUCCCUCACAUCAGCAUCCUUAUUGGCGCAUCGUACGGGGCAGGAAACUACGCCAUGUGCGGGCGGGCCUUUAAGCCACGGUUCUUGUUCGCAUGGCCAACCAGCCGCUGCUCAGCCAUGGGGCCGGAACAGCUGUCUGGGGUCAUGGACAGUAUCACACGAACCUCUGCAGAGCGAUCAGCUCGACCGGUAGACGAGUCUCGUCUGUCAGCGCAAACAGAAGCCCUGAGGGCCCGAGUUGAACGAGAUUCGUCAGCGUACAAAUACUCGUCGUACCUCCAUGACGAUGGUAUUAUCGACCCGCGAGACACACGAGACGUUCUGGGAAUAUGUCUAGAGGUUGUGAAGAACACACAAAUCAAGUCUAAUCCAGGGUCGAGGAAUCUGGCAAGGAUCUAG